GGGGACUGCCUGCCCCCAUGAGUACCAGGCUGUUGAGGCUAGGCCAUCUCCUUUUCACGUCCGUCCAUCUUGACUGAAGUUGGUGUGUCUGAUUCCAUACCAGAGGGCUCAGGAUGCUGUUGCUGCAAGCCCUUGUACUGCUAUUAGCCCUGCCUAGUCAUGCCCAGGAUGUUACUACUGAAGGGCCAGGAGUCCUGCUUCCCAUGCCCAAGGGGGCCUGUGCAGGUUGGAUGGCAGGCAUCCCAGGGCAUCCUGGUCAUAAUGGAACCCCAGGCCGUGAUGGAAGAGAUGGCACCCCUGGUGAGAAGGGUGAGAAGGGAGAUGCAGGUCUUGUUGGUCCUAAGGGUGACACUGGUGAAAUUGGAGUGACUGGGGCUGAAGGUCCCCGAGGCUUUCCAGGAACCCCAGGCAGGAAAGGAGAACCUGGAGAAGGUGCUUAUGUAUACCGCUCAGCAUUCAGUGUGGGACUGGAAACAAGGGUCACCAUCCCCAAUGUUCCCAUUCGUUUUACCAAGAUCUUCUACAAUCAGCAAAACCACUAUGAUGGCACCACUGGCAAAUUCCACUGCAACAUUCCCGGGCUAUACUACUUCUCUUACCACAUCACAGUCUAUAUGAAGGAUGUGAAGGUCAGCCUCUUCAAGAAGGACAAGGCUAUGCUCUUCACCUAUGACCAGUACCAGGACAAGAAUGUGGACCAGGCCUCUGGCUCUGUGCUCCUCCAUCUGGAGGUGGGCGACCAAGUCUGGCUUCAGGUGUAUGGGGAUGGAGACCACAAUGGAGUCUAUGCCGACAAUGUCAAUGACUCUACCUUCACAGGCUUCCUUCUCUACUAUGACACCAACUGAUCACUACUCAUUCUGAGCCUCCACCAGACCCAACAGUCAAAAAGUCAACUAAAGAACAGUCAACAAGCUUUCAGCAUAACAAAGAGAUUGGUUUUAUUGUCCAGUUUGAGGAUUCUAAACAUUAUUCAUUCAUUUACUCAUUCAUUCAUUCAUUUCAUCCAUUCAUCCAUCCAUCAAGUGUCUUUUCAUAAAGUCAUAUGCUGUGUUCGUAGGCCUGAAGAUGAAGUGGUUCCUGCUUUUCCAGAUCUCUUAUGUAGUGGCAAUAAUAGCAUAAUAAUAAUAUUCACUGGGGGAGCAUCACAUAUAUGACCCUGUAAUGACUGUCAGGAAGUAGAUGACAAUGCCAUUUUUUUUUGUUCCCACUGUGUCACUGACAUUCACGCCAACCCUUUAAGGUACACAGGAAACAUACUACUCUCCUCUUUUUAUAGCUGGGGUCCUGAGGGUGAGAGAGUUAUAUGGAUAUUAAGUGGCAGAGCUCAAAUCAAACCCAGAACCUUGGCCUUUUCUUACUAGACUGUGCUCCCUUUCAGAAGAACUAGCUUCUUUGGAGUAUUGGUAGGGGUCUGUUUCCCAUUUCACCUGAUGACCUCUGAACUCCUCAUCAGGUCAAGACUAUUCCCCAGCAGAACUCCCUCAGAGAAGGUGGUAGAUUCUAUGGCAGGUCCCAUCCCAGGAUGACCACACAAUGUCCUCUGCACUGCUCUGUACUUGCUCUUCUCUGUGCUUCUCCUCAUGCUCUUCCUUCCAACUGAGAAAACUGCUUCCAGUUUUCUCCACAGUUGAAUUCUUCCCUGUUCCUCAAGUCCACCUGACUAGGAGCUUCUCUAAUGUGCCAUCUAUUUCCUGCAAACAUUCCUUGCACACCGAGUCCUGGGUGUGGGAGACAUCCUCCCUCAAACUGGGGGCAACUGCUUGGUAAAGACAUCGUUCAUCCAUGAAUCCCUUGUAGGUCUUUGAUAAAUCCCUGAAGAAGACUGAUCUCCUGGAUCCCAUGUGUACCCAGAAUUAAUUCCAUCUUACUCUCUCCACUUAUCCAAAUUCUUAUCCAUAGAAACAUCUUUAAUUUAGGAACUCCCUGGUUUUAAGCAUCAAAUUCUUACUCAAAUGGAUAUCUUGAACUUUCCCAUCAAAGAAGGGGUGAUUAUGCUUUACAGAACACUUAUAGAAUUCUUCAAAAAGAUAACUUGAGCCUGAAAUGUAAAAUGUAUGGAGAAAUUUGGAAGUCAUUCUUUCUAUGGGUACUGGUAAGAUGGGGGAUGACUUGGGCCUCCUGAAUUUAUUCUUGUUCUUUAUGAAAUACAAGUAGUUGAUGGUGGUAAACAUUCUCUUGGGUUUUAGAAAAAGUAGUUAUAGCAUGUGUAUUAAUAUAGGAAUAGAAAACCUAUUUUUUGCUUACAGUUUUAAGUUCUGGAUGAUUCACUUUUAUAUGUAUGUUGUUUUUCAUUAAGUGAUUAUUAUUUCUACCUAUAAAACUUUGUCUUUUAAAGUACUUGCAUACCAUUAUUUUCUACAAAUAAAAUUACUAUCUAAAAACUAAAAGUAAAAGCACUUGCUGCACAUAAAUUGUGUUUUUAUUUCUGGAGGAAGGAAUGGGGUUUAAAGAGGGAUGAACUUUGGGUUAGUUAGGACACUAUGUUGUGAAUAACAGAAUACCCAAUCCAAACUAACACAAGGAAAACCAAAAGGUGUUCCUUUUUAUGAUAGAAAAUAGCUGUUCUGUUUUAGGUAAGGAAGCAAUGAAGUCCCUUUUUCUGUCUGUUCUUUCUCUCUACCUUCCAUAACGAGGCUUCACUCUCAGGAGCUGGAGAUUAUAGUUUGAGGCUCUGCCUUAUGAUGUCAAAAAGGAAUUAGCAGGGUUGGGGAUGUAGCUCAAUUGUAGUGUGCUUGCCUAGUAUGCUCAAGGUCUUGGGUUCAAUCCCCAGUACUGCGAAAAAAAACCAAAACCAAAACCAAAAACCAUAGCCUGCCCAGUUCUUAUAGCUUCAUAUCACACCAUCUGGUCAGAUGGAAAAUGUCAUUUCUGGUGGUUCCCAAAGAGAAGAGAGUACACUCUUUUCCAGAAGUCCUAGCAAGUAUGUACUUGUAUCUCAACAGCUCUGGCCAGGCUUGUGUGCCUAUCUCUGACCAAUCAUGGAAUCAGGAGCAUGGGAUAUGCUCAAAGACAAGUUCAAUUACGGCUCAAGAAAGGGGUAUUUAGAGAUAUUUUCCCUAAAGCAAAAUCUGGACACUAUUACCAGAAGUGCGAGAAUGGAUGACGGGUGUAUAUUAACACUUGUCCACAAGGAACUGUUAAUGUCAUACUUGAACUUUCUUUGGUUUCUUGGACAUUGCUAGAAAAUUACUAUUGGUUUUCUCUAAAAUUUCAACAAGUAGCUAAUGUCUAGCAAUGCUUACAGUCCCAUAUCUGGCUAGGGUGGGAUACUCACAGCACUAGAUAUGGUUCUGUGCUCACUCUUAAGUUCUUUGGGGAAGGGUCAUUUCCUUUUGGAACCAGAAACAGAGAGAAACACACAGAAACACAAUCUACAAAAUACCCCCUGAGAGAAAUUGUGACCACAACUUUAGGAUUGAUGGUCUUGUGAUGUCUUUAAGUAUGAUAAUUGUGUAGCUAUUUCUCUUCAGUUCUGACAGCCUUUGCUUGAUGUUUUUAGGAGCUCUGUUGUUAGGUACCUACAUGUUUAGUAUUAUGUCUUCUUGAUGAGUUUACCCUUUUAUCAUUAUAUAGACCUUUAUCUCUGAUAAUUUUCCCUGUUCUGAAGUCUACUUUGUCUAAAAUUAACAGAGGCACUCAAUUCUGUUUUGAUUCAUGUUUGGAUGUCAUGUCUUUUUCCAUCUUGUUACUUCAAAUAUAUCUGUAUUAUUAUAUUCAAAAUGUGUUUCUUUUAGGCUAUGCAUA